GGUCUAGCAUAGUUUGACCGGUCAAGUAAUUUACACCAUCAUUUUUAUCGCCACCCGUGGGACCGUUAAGGUUUCUUCUCCUAAACACAAACCUACCCACCAAAACACCACUCGAAAUGUCUUCCAAUCAACAAAUCAACGCUACUUCCGCACAGGUGCAAGCCACCAAUGAGGGCGCCAGCAUCCCUGUGGCUGCUACCAUACCGGUCAUUUCAGCCCCGGUGUUGCCUCUGGGUCUGAGCUCUGUCCCGACGGCCAGCGUGAUCAGUCCCUUCGCGACCCCCAACCCUUCCGCUAGACCGAGGGUCACGUUCCCACCAAGCAUGGCUCAGUUCAUGAACGACCCAGCCAACCUACAAGCCAUCCAGGGCUUUGGCCAGGUUAUGGCCAUGUGCCAGCAGAACGGGGGGAUGCCUUUCCUCCCUGGUAUGUUCCCAUUCGCCCUUCCAGGCGCGGGGACCAUGCCCCUACAAGCUCCGAUGGCGGUGACGUCGUUCCAGACGCCGAUUCCGCAGCCAUCACCUUUCCAGCCCCAGCUGGUAAGCACCAUGGCCCCUGUCAACUUGACUGGCGCACUUAACGCCGCAGGGCCGUCGCGUCCCCCGCAAACUACGAAUCCGCAGAUCACUCCUGAUGGUCAUUGCGUCUCGAUUGAGAGUGAUGACGGUGAGUGGGACAUCCCGAGGGCCCACAAGAAGAAGAAAGGAAAAAACAUCCGGCCAGCGACCUCCCGAAACUCCGCCUUCGAAAGGCUGGGGGAUAGGGAGGAAGGCCAGAGGAAGUCAGCCAAGCAAAGGCUGGGGCAGAGCGUUGCCCAUGUCAGCGCGUUCGCCCGGCUAGGCGAGGUACGGGAGGCCGAGCCUACCCGCACCCGGCGCUCCCGGUCUAACCGGCAGGAGCCACAGAUGGAGGCAAAGCUGGAAAGGCGGGAAAAGAAGGUCGGAGAGAAGAAUGACCGGGACAAACCCGUGGCGGGGUCCCCGUUCACCACAAGGGUCCAUUUGACACCUUUCCCGCGAAAGGUUAAGGUGGAUUCCCCCAGAUUCACCGGGAAGGAAGAUCCGGAAAUCCACCUGGACUCCUUCAACCAGAGUGCGACCAUGAACGGUUGCACCGAUGAAGAAAAGUGCCUACUUUUCUUCCAGACCUUGCGGAACCGAGCCACUGAAUGGUUCAAUAAGCUUCGCCCGGGAAGCAUUGACUCGUUCAGUGAUUUGGCCUCGAAAUUCAAGGCCAAGUUCCAGGAGAAUUGUACUAAGAGGAAGAAAUCCACCUAUCUUAGUACAGCCGGGCAGAGGGAGUCUGAGAACCUUACUCAGUUCCUUACCCGGUGGAAGGAAGAGGUGGACAAGGUGGAAGAGAUGGAUGACAAGACCGUCCUCUCCCUCCUCUUGAAUGGCUUGCGCGUUGGGGAAUUAUACAAGGAGUUCUGCCGGAAACCCCCAGCCACGUACCAAGAGACCUACCAUACUGCGUGGGAGUUUGCUGAGGCUGAAACUCAACUCCGGGCAAAGAGGGAAGCUGAGCAUGGUCACAAGCCCAAGCCAGUGCAAGUCAAGAAGGAAGAAGCACCGGGACCUAGCCGGCCGAGGCACCACUAUGACCCGGUCAUCCGAGUUGUCAAUACAGAAGAAUGCCAAGAAGUCCGGAAAGCACCGGUCAUUCCUCCAGAAAACCCUACCGGUCAAGUAGGGCGGCAGUGGUCGGGCACCUAUUGUUCAUACCACAGGUCAGAUUCCCAUAACAUCUCCGAAUGUAAAAGUGUUAAGGGGGUCAUCCGGCAGAUGAUCGAUAGCGGAGAGCUGGGCAAAGAUUACUUGCAGAAAGCCCAGGAGAAGAGUCAUCAAUGGGUUAGGCCAGCUGCCCCAGGGAAUGACCGGGACAAUGACCGGCGGAGGAAUAACCGGCCAAGAGAGCGGCAACCUGCCCCCGAAAAAGAACACAUCGGCAUGAUCUUCGGCGGGCCCGAGGGCGGAGAUUCAGCCGCACAGCGGAAGAACUGGGUCCGGAGCAUUUACGUGGGAGAAGUAAGUGCUGAACCGCCCAGGCGUAAACAUACUAAGAGGGAGCCGAUCGUCUUUACUGACCGGGAUCUCCCUCCUACCGGUGAAGAUCACAAUGAUCCAUUGGUCAUCACCAUGGACAUUAAUGGGGUGGAUGUCGCCCGGGUACUUGUUGACACCGGCAGCAGUGUCAACAUCUUAUACCUGGAGACCUUCCAAAAACUCAGGUUGUGUCCAACACAACUUGAACCCCUCGAAACCCCUCUCUCAGGCUUCACGGGGGACACCGUUGAAGCUGAAGGAUCCAUAGUUCUACCGGUCGAACUAGGAUCAGGUGAAAAGACCGUGUGGAAGAAGAUGCGGUUCAUAGUUGUGGACAUCAAAUGCGUCCACAACGCAAUUCUUGGAAGGCCAGGCAUCAAUAAAGUCGGGGCGGUGAUUUCCAUGCCUCAUCUAUGCAUGAAGUUCCACACUCCAGGUGGUGUGGGUGAGGUGAAGGGCGACCAGAGGAACGCCCGGGAGUGCUAUGCCCGGGCAGUCAAGAAAAUGACCAGGGGGGUCAAUGUCAUCUCCCAAGAGAUCACAAAGGGANGCUGGAGGGCUCAGACUUGCCCAAGCCCUGAAAAUCAGCCGGAAUUCAAGAUCGCCCAAAUUCCCCGGGCGGAGAACGCGGAUGCAGACCUUCUCUCCAAAUUGACGCAGUAUGCUCCCGAGCAUGUUUCGAAACUUGCCCGGGUAGAGAUCCUUGACCGUGCAAGCAUCAAGAAAUUGGAAGUCGCCGCUAUAACGGCCGGAAGCCAGUUUGACCGGUCAAACUUGGUCGGGGCGGACGACCAUUGGAUGUAUGAUCUAAUGGAAUAUUUGGCAGAUGGGAGCUUGCCAGAACAAGAUGACCGGGCAAGAAAAGUGAAGCUCAGGGCGCCCCGAUUCCAAAUUCUUGAUGGAAAGCUGUAUAAAAGGGCGUUUGGGGGGCCACUCCUGAGAUGCUUGACCAACCGGGAGGCUAAACGAGUCAUAGCGGAAGGCCACGAAGGCGUAUGCGUGGCGCAUCAAAUGUCCCAUGGUUUGAAGAAGUGGUUGGGAGAAGCAGGAAACAAGUGGCUGGAAGAGCUCCCACACAUCGUAUGGGCAUUCCGGGUAACACCCAGGAGAGCUCAUGGGGAGACUCCAUUCUCCCUAACCUAUGGGUGUGAAGCAAGGCUGCCCAUCGAAGCUGAAUUCCCAACGUUCCGGGAAUCAAACUAUCAACCCCAGCAGAAUGAGGAAGACCACUUGGCCGAACUCAACUUGGUCGAAGAGCGGAGAAUGGCCGCGGAAGUCAAAAUGAGCACAUACCAACAAGUUGUGAAGAAGUACCAUGACAACAAGGUUGGGCCGCGGUACUUCCAAGUUGGGGAUGAAGUCCUACGAAGAAGAGAAGCAAGUAGACCCGGCGACGGAGGAAAACUAGCAAAAAACUGGGAAGGCCCAUAUAGGGUUAGAGCCAUCAUUCGCCCGGGGACCUACCGGUUAGAAACUCUUGAAGGGGUACCGGUAGAAAGAACCUGGAAUUCCCAUCAUCUUCGCAAGUUCUACAAAUGAUUGUAAUACUGGGCAAGGCUUACUUUAUUAUCAAUCAAACCGAUGAUGUUCAAUACUCUAUUUGGUAGCGGCAGGAUUGAUAGGUCGAACCUAUCCUAGGAGGGCUUUCUGAGUGGAUCGAAUCCACUUGGAUAAGCCAACUGAGACACAGGCCCGGACCUGGCACGCUGGUUACUACACCGGUCUUGCUCAGUAUAAUAGAAAAAAUAUCAAAACCCGGAAGAGGGGCCCGGAAGAGGGUAUGCCUGCAAGAGGGCUGGACCUGGAAGAGGGUUCGAACCAUACUUACACGGGCCCAUGAGGUUUGACUGGUGUCGGG